AUGCGACAAACUUUGGAAGGAGAUGGGAAAAUUAGCAUGAAUUAUUGUUUCUUAUUGCUUAUGCCGGCUGAAGUUGAUGGCGUCCCACAUCCAGCACGCAGUGUGUGCAUCUCCCAAAUUUCACUGGCCAAUUAUGCUUGUGGAGGGCUGGAUCCGUCGCCGAUAUCCGACAUUUUCCACCACCAUCAUCAUGGGCACGGGCAUAGGCAUAAUAGACAUGGGAGCUUAACCCAUGAAACACCUACAGAGAGCUGUUGUCGGUGGCUGAACAAUGUGGAAAAUGAAUGCGUCUGUGAUUUGCUGAUUCAGUUGCCAGCAUUUCUUUCGAAGCCUGCGCAUCAGCUUACUGUCGUUAUUGGCGAGUAUUGUAGAGUUACUUUUUCAUGCAGUGGACGAGUGAGACCAUGA